CCCCCGCACUUCCAGUAUUUGGCAGACAGACCAAGAUAUAUACAAACCCAGCGAACAAAAAAUAAAAAAAACCAAAUCUGAUUUUCACAUGACAAGAAUGUUUUCUGCUACUUUAUAUGUUCUUCAUCUUCAUCUGUGUUAAACUAGAUCAGUCAUCUUCUUCAACAGCUCAAAAGUUUCCGAAGAGAAGUUCCAAGUAAUUAUCUGUUCAUGUUUUGACCAUUUUCGUGCUUCUCAAAUGGAGCUGAAGAAAGGAAAUCUAGUGAGGUUCUAUACUAGUGGAAGUAGUGAUCAGAAGCAGCAUGUUCUUUGGGGUAGAAAUGAUCCUUCUGACCUAGAAAUGCCAUCUGGGGGUUUAGGCAAGAGUAAAAUCAGUGGAGCAGUUAAAUUAGGAAGACCUAAGUUGUUUCCGGAGGAGCCUGAGCCAUGGCAAAAGCGAAUUCUGGAUCCAGGAAGUGAAAUUGUGCUGCAAUGGAAUAGGGUUUUUAUUUUUUGGUGUUUGGUUGCACUCUUUGUUGAUCCACUAUAUUUCUACUUGCCUAGCAUAGGAGGGAGUAAAGAUAUGUGGUGUGUGAAGAGUGAUUUGAAUCUCAGAAUUAUAGUCACCUGUUUCCGAACUGUUGCAGAUUUCUUCUACUUUUUGCAUGUUAUUAUAAAGUUUAGAACAGCUUAUGUUGCUCCAAGCUCUCGGGUCUUUGGAAGAGGUGAACUUGUUAUGGAUCCCAAGAGGAUUGCUCGGAGGUAUGUUAGGUCUGGUUUCUUCAUUGAUCUUAUCGCAACAUUACCCCUCCCUCAGAUUGUGAUCUGGUUUAUAAUACCUGCCACAAGAAAUUCGCGAUCUGAUCAAAAUAACAAUGCACUGGCUCUUAUUGUUCUACUCCAAUACAUACCAAGGCUCUAUCUUAUUUUCCCAUUAAGUUCUCAAAUUAUUAAAGCAACAGGAUUCGUCACAAAAACUGUUUGGGCAGGAGCUGCUUAUAAUUUAGUUCUCUACAUGUUGGCUAGCCAUGUUUUGGGGGCUUCAUGGUAUUUGCUGUCCAUAGAUCGUUACAUGUCAUGUUUGAAAUCCAGGUGCAAAGGGGAGCUUGAUCCUUUAAAAUGCAUGUCUGACUAUUUGGAUUGUGAUACUACUAGCAACGAACGGAACAUCUGGAUAAACUCUACAAGUAUAUUCAAGAGAUGUGAUCCUGAGAACAUUAUGUCUACUUUCAACUAUGGGUUAUUUGAGAAAGCUGUGACCAAAGAAGUUGUUUCCUCAAAUUUCAUCAAGAAAUAUUUCUAUUGCCUGUGGUGGGGAUUGCAGAAUUUAAGUUCAUAUGGGCAAAAUUUGUCAACGAGCACAUUUAUUGGUGAAACAGCAUUUGCGAUACUAAUAGCCAUCUUGGGUCUUGUAUUAUUUGCACAUCUUAUUGGGAAUAUGCAGACAUAUCUGCAAUCGAUAACGGUGAGACUUGAGGAAUGGAGGCUGAAACGUCGAGACACAGAGGAGUGGAUGAAACAUCGUCAACUACCAGAGGAUCUGAGACGGAGGGUAAGAAGUUUUGUUCAGUAUAAAUGGCUUGCAACAAGAGGAGUAGAUGAGGAAUCUAUUCUUCGAGGCUUACCUACCGAUCUUCGUCGUGAUAUUCAACGCCAUUUAUGCUUGGACCUUGUUCGUCGGGUUCCGUUUUUCUCACAAAUGGAUGAUCAAUUGCUCGACGCAAUAUGCGAACGUUUAGUCUCCUCCUUAAGCACUCAAGGCACCUAUCUCGUUAGAGAAGGCGACCCAGUAACAGAAAUGCUCUUCAUAAUCCGAGGGAAACUAGAAAGCUCCACCACAAAUGGAGGCAGAACCGGUUUCUUCAACACAAUAUCUUUAGGCCCUGGGGAUUUCUGCGGUGAGGAGCUUCUUUCAUGGGCACUCCUUCCAAAAUCGAGCGUAAAUAUGCCAACUUCAACACGAACUGUAAUAGCGCUCGGGGAAGUCGAAGCCUUUGCUCUAAUAGCCGAAGAUUUAAAAUUUGUAGCUAACCAAUUCAGACGGCUCCACAGCAAGAAGCUGCAACACACAUUCCGAUUCUAUUCCCACCAUUGGAGAACGUGGGCUGCCUGUUUCAUACAAGCUGCUUGGAGGCGGCACAAGAGGCGGUUAUUGGCUAAAGAUCUGGCUAAAGAUCCAACCGCUAUGGAAUUGUUUUUGUUGGAGAGUGAGGAGGGUGAGGAGACUCUGCCUAGUUCUCCAAUGGCGAAAAUGAACAUUGGAGUCACCAUAUUGGCCUCUAGAUUUGCAGCAAAUACUAGGAGAGGUGUUCUUAAGGGGAAAUUGUUAAGGGUGUCUAAGUUACAGAAACCUGAAGAACCUGAUUUCUCUGUUGAACCGGAUGAUGACUAAAGAAACCAGCUACAUAUGUAUGCAGCAGUAGUAGUAGCUGUGGUAUAAUUGAUAUUUAUGAUGAAGGUUUAUUUGUAUUGAUGAAUGCUACCAAAAGUGAUAUGGCAUAAUUGAUAUUUAUGUGUUACCCUUCUUGGCAGCAUUGAAUAACUAGCUCUUUUUUACCUUUUUACACGCAAUACACAUGUAAUGUUGUUACCUAAUUAAAAAAUUAAUUAAUGUUAUAUAGUUGUACUAA